AUGUCACCUCUCAACAUAUUCAUCACGACUUGGAAUACUGGACUGCAAGGUUCGAAAGCGCAAUCACAAGAUUUGACAAGUUGGUUAUUACCUGUCUUACAAAAUACAGCGAAUGAUCCUGAACUGCCUCAAGGUAUAAUACCUGAUUUAUAUGCUAUCGGUGUACAAGAACUACUACCUGUUCAUCUAGCAUUGGCAGGCCUAAGUCGACCUGUCCUUUCGAUAUUGACCGAGAGAAUACAAUCAUUACUCUCAUCUCAUGCUACCUCCCUCUCGUCAGAGAAGAUACCAGAGAAAUUCAAGUUGGUCUCAAGAGUAUCUCAUGUAGGUGUAGCAUUAUGGAUAUUCGCAAGGGAGAAAACAAUGGAAGGUAGAUUAGGUAAAACUUUGACGUCAAGUUUGGGUUUAUGGUACGGUGGAAUGGGAAAUAAAAGUGCUGUGGGUGUUAGAUUACCUAUACGUCGAGGUAAAGAAGGUGGAUGGGAAGUAUUGACAUUCGUUAAUGCACAUCUUGAAGCACACGAUAAAAACCUAUCACGUCGAAAUGCACAAUAUGAAAAUAUCCUUUCAUCUUUGGUGUUUCAACCUUCCGAUCCUCUCGCGGAACCAUAUCAGAUCUUCGAUAGUUCGCACGUAUUCAUCAUCGGUGAUCUGAACUACAGACUCUCAAGUCAACCACCAACAGGGUAUCUAAGGGAUGGAAAGAAGAAUGAUGAUGUUCUGACCUUGGAGAAACAGAGAUUCGAAAUGGUCGAUCUUGAUACGUUACGAAAAGAACAGAGAGAAGGUAGAGUUUUCGGUGGUCUCAGGGAAGGCGAUUUAACUAGAUUCGCUCCUACUUAUAAGAGGAUCGUAGGACAAGUUGAAGGUUAUAGCAAGAAACGAAUACCAGGAUGGACAGAUCGUAUCUUAUUUGCAUCACAUACCGAUCCUUCUCAUUUGUUUUCACCCCAAGCAUAUCUCACACCCACAAUACCUUCAGGACCCGAAAGUACGACUAAAAUAAUACACUUCUCUUCAACUCCCGAGUUGACAAUAUCGGAUCAUAAACCUGUUCACGCAGUUAUACUAUUACCUCCUCCAGAACAUUCAUCCCCCGCACCACACCUGUCGCCAGUAUUACCACCUGUACCAUCACCUCAUAGCCCUCGUCCAGCACCCACGUCAAAAGAAGUAUUAUUGGCUUGGAAAUUGAUGGGUUCUCUACUGGAUAGACUGAUAGGUUGGCCUUGGUGUUUACUUGUCGCUUUAGGUGGAGGUAAUGAUAAGACUGGUCUGGGUGUCAGUGCUUUCUUGGCUAUGAUUUGGGGUGUAUGGUGGUCUGGCGUAUGGUCUGCUUGA